UUCAUUGGCACACAAGGCAUGCUUCUGGCUUCAUGUGUACUUCAAUAUAACAUUUUUCCAGCUGUAGCUUUUUUCCACUCUUUUUUGCUGUGCGGUAGAAAGGUACAGAAAAUCACAACAGCGUUCUCUUAAAACCCUCAAAACCCUAGCACCCCAAAAUCAUUCUUUUCAAUUCCAAACACGGAAUUCUAAGCAAGACAUAUCAUGGAAGUUGAUCAAUCUGAAGAAGACAAUGCAAGAAAGUCUGAUGUGUUGCGGAAUCUCUCAACCAAGGGCCCGUUACCCACUUCCAUGGCGAAGCUCUCGGGCUCCUCGCGUAUCAUACCCUCCCAAAAAGACUUUUAUUUCUACAAUAAUUUUCAAGAAUUCAAGAAACCCCUGCAAGAAAUCGACGAGAAGUCGAAAAAUAUGCUGAAAGAGGUGGGGGCAUCGGAAAAUUUAUUUGGGAAGGCAAUCCCCUUACCGGAUGAUAAAGAUGUUGAAUUGGAUGAUGAUGUGGCGCUUGAUUGGCUGGUGAAUGUGAAUGACGAAAUUUUUGAGAGGAUUGAUGUGUCAUUGGACGACUUUAAGAGGUUGCGGAACAAGGAAGAGGAGAGUGGUGUGAGAAUGAUGAAAGUUGAUGGUGAUGAUGAUGAGAACGGGUUUCAAAUGGUAUAUGGGAAGAAGAAUAAGAAAAUGCCAGUAGGCUUGGAUAGGAAUGAAGAGGGUGGAGAAAAAGGGGUUCAAGAAGUGAAGGUGGCGGCCAAAGUAAGGCCAAAGGUUCCGUUCCAUAUACCUACAAUACCAAGACCGCAGGAUGAGCUCAAGAUUAUCGUGAAUAAUUCGAAUCAGCCGUUUGAACAUGUCUGGUUGCAGAGGAGUGAGGAUGGGUCUAGGUUCAUACAUCCGCUGGAGAACCUCUCGGUUAUUGACUUUGUUGAUAAACCUGAUAGUGCUGUUGAGCCUGUAAAACCUCUUCCAAUCGAAGUUACACCAUUCAAACUUGUGGAGGACUUGAAAGGGUUGAAGCAAUUAGCCAUUAAAUUGCGCAAUGUUGACGAAUUUGCUGUUGAUUUGGAACAUAACCAGUACAGGUCUUUUCAAGGGCUGACAUGCUUGAUGCAAAUAUCUACUAGAACUGAGGAUUUUGUCAUAGAUACUCUGAGAUUGCGUGUCCAGAUUGGGCCACAUCUCAGAGAGGUAUUCAAAGACCCAACUAAGAGAAAGGUAUUGCAUGGAGCAGAUCGUGAUAUCAUGUGGCUUCAACGGGACUUUGGCAUAUAUGUCUGUAAUAUGUUCGACACAGGACAGGCCUCGAGGGUAUUGAAAAUGGAAAGGCACAGCUUGGAAUACCUGUUGAAUCAUUUUUGUGGAGUUGUGGCAAACAAAGAAUAUCAGAAUGCAGAUUGGAGAAUUAGACCACUUCCUCAGGAGAUGAUCAAAUAUGCCAGGGAAGAUACGCAUUAUUUGUUGUAUAUCUAUGACCUUAUGAGAACGAAGUUGCUUGCGUCAUCCGUGGAUGCUGAAAGUGCCGAUCCUCCUCUGGUUGAGGUCUACAAACGCAGUUAUGAUCUAUGCACUCAACUUUAUGAAAAAGAACUUCUGACAGAUACUUCAUACCUUCACAUUUAUGGGUUGCAGUGUGCCGAGCUCAAUGCUCAGCAGCUAGCCGUUGUUUCGGGACUGUGUGAGUGGAGGGAUGCUGUCGCUCGUGCAGAAGAUGAGAGCACUGGUUAUGUUUUGCCCAAUAGGACUCUCAUUGAAAUUGCUAAACAGAUGCCUCUCACCACGAGCCAACUUCGUCGGGUUUUGAAAUCCAAGCUCCCAUAUAUUGACCGGAAUCUUGGUUCAGUCAUUAGUAUUAUAAGGCAUUCUAUCCAAAAUGCUGCUGCAUUUGAGGAGGCUGCAAAGCAUCUUAAAGAGAGACGCUUGGAAAUGGCAAAUGAAGAGAAUACUUUGGCUGCAGUAGAAUCUGAAGAGUUGCCUUCUGAAGCUCCAGAGAUAUUAAAAAAUGCUGAGGGAGCAGAUAAUAUACCAAAUGAAAGUUUACUUAAUGAUCCUUCAGUCCAGAAGAUGCCGGCUUCCAUACAGUCUCGGGACACGGGAAGCUGUAAUGCAGGAGCUGCUACUGAUAUAUCAAGAAUUUCUUGUCUCUCCCCCAAGGAAAAAGUGAAUGAAAAAGGAAAAAUAGGUGACCAGACCUCUAAUGUUCAGAAUGCAGUAUUGCAUAUGGAUGGAGACCUGGAUGCACAUACUAAGCUGAAUUCAUCACAUUCAGCUGAAGCCACUGUUCAGAUACUAAAGAAGCCAAGCCGAGCUUUUGGGUCAUUGCUCGGAACUUCAGCAAAACGGAAAUUUGAUCCCGAUAAAAGAGAAAAAGACGACACCAAAUUGGAGCAGAUAAAAUCAACAGUAACUCUUCCCUUCCACACAUUUUUAGGCAGAGAUGAAAGGUUGCAAUCAGAGGUUGAAGAAUCGGUGGGGAUAUUAGAAGUUCCUCAUCAAGGAAAUGUCUCAAUUCCUGCUACUAGUUCAACUGUAGAGGACAUCAUUAUUUUGGAUGAUGAUUCAGAUGUUGAGGAAUCAGCCAAUGCCAACUCUGCUGCUGCUCCCAACGAUCAGUUGAAACAACUGCGAAACAGUGAAACUGGUACUGCUUCAGAAAUCCAGGAGGGAGAUGAGCCCAUGUCACUGUCUGAUCUAUCCUCCAGCUUCCAAAAGUGCUUUCCAUCAGCAGAUCAAUCUAUGAGUUCUAAAGUAGUUGAUAAAUCUCAACCAUCGGAGGGUUUCCUCCAGGUAAAACCUUUUGACUAUGAAGCUGCUCGGAAGCAGAUAAUAUUUGGAGAAGAUCCCAAGACAGAACCAACGGCAGAAGAUGAUGAUAAUCUUAGGAGAAGAGACAGGAAAAAAGGUCCCGUCUUAGGUCAAUCACCAGAAGAUGAGGGGACAACAGAUCUCCCACAAGGUAGAAGACGGCAAGCUUUUCCAGCAUCUGGCAACCGCAGUGCGACUUUCCGUUGAGUCUGGAACACGACUCUGAAUAGUCUCUACUCAACCUAAUCAGGUUGUACAACGGUAUUUUUGAAGUGAAAAAAGGAAAAUGAUAAACAAAAAGUAAGUGAGGAAGGUCAUCCAUUUUUGGGUUGGUGUAUUGAUCAGAAAUGUGUAAGGAAGGUCAUCCAUUUUUGGGUUGGUGUAUUGAUCAGAAAUGUGUAAGAAACGACUUACUGUCGAUUGUUGUAGUGUAUCAUUACAUGCUGAGUCGAGUAUUUUUGUUGGAUGGCUUUCUCAAAUCUCAAUGAAAAUUGUCGAUUGUACAAUGCAAACUUUAACGCAUUUGUAAGA